CGUUGUCCGCUUCCAUCCUUCUGAACUCUUGGUUCCCACAGAAGAAGCCAUCCUGCCAAAGCCAGCCUCUAGGGAGCUUCCUUUUAUUUCCCUAAGAUUAACCAGUUCCGCCCUGGUUGCAACAGCAGGCAACUAUGGAAGGAGAGACUCUUCUGGGCUCUUAGUAUUUUUCCGAGGACCGUUUUCCCCUCCUAAUUCCUCACUGGUAGUGAAGCUGCUUGCCUGCAACGCCUUCCUCUUUUCUGAUGAGAUGCUGAUUCUGAUCUGCCAUCUAGCAGCUUCCGGUAGUGGCCAACUGUGGAGGCCUGGUGAAAAAUAACCAGGUGCAAUAAUGUUCUGCAGUAAAAAGAAAUCACUUGAAGUGGAACGGAUAGUGAAAGCCAAUGACCGUGAAUAUAACGAAAAGUUCCAGUACGCAGAUAAUCGUAUCCACACAUCCAAGUACAACAUUCUCACCUUCUUGCCAAUUAAUUUAUUUGAACAGUUCCAAAGAGUGGCAAAUGCGUAUUUCCUUUUCCUUCUGAUUUUGCAGCUGAUUCCAGAAAUUUCCUCCUUGACCUGGUUUACCACCAUUGUGCCUUUGGUCCUGGUGGUCACUAUGACAGCUGUCAAAGAUGCCACAGAUGAUUAUUUUCGCCACAAGAGUGAUAAUCACGUGAAUAACCGGCAAUCCGAAGUGCUCAUGGACAGCAAACUCCAGAAUGAAAAAUGGAUGAAUGUCAAAGUGGGAGACAUCAUUAAAUUAGAAAAUAACCAAUUUGUUGCUGCUGAUCUGCUGCUCCUAUCAAGUAGUGAGCCACAUGGCCUCUGUUACAUCGAAACCGCUGAGCUUGAUGGGGAAACAAACCUCAAAGUGCGCCAUGCACUAUCAGUUACCUCGGAACUUGGAGCUGAUAUUAGCAGACUUGCGAAGUUUGAUGGGAUCGUUGUCUGUGAGGCACCUAACAACAAAUUAGAUAAAUUCACAGGAGUCCUCUCUUGGAAGGACAGCAAGCACUCCCUCAACAAUGAGAAGAUAAUCCUGAGAGGCUGUGUCCUGAGAAACACCAGCUGGUGCUUUGGAAUGGUUAUUUUUGCAGGUCCUGACACUAAACUAAUGCAGAACAGUGGUAAGACAAAGUUUAAGAGGACAAGCAUUGAUAGAUUGAUGAAUACUCUAGUACUAUGGAUUUUUGGGUUUCUGAUAUGCUUAGGAAUUAUUCUUGCGAUAGGAAAUUCAAUCUGGGAGAAUCAAGUUGGGAACCAAUUCAGAACUUUCCUCUUUGGGAAUGAAGGAGAGAAGAACUCCGUGUUCUCGGGAUUCUUAACAUUCUGGUCGUAUAUUAUUAUUCUCAAUACAGUUGUACCCAUUUCAUUAUAUGUAAGUGUGGAAGUAAUUCGUUUGGGACACAGUUAUUUUAUAAACUGGGAUCGGAAGAUGUAUUACUCUGAGAAGACAACACCUGCUGAAGCUCGCACAACCACACUCAAUGAGGAACUGGGCCAGAUAGAAUACAUUUUUUCUGACAAAACAGGCACCCUCACUCAAAACAUCAUGACUUUUAAAAAAUGUUCCAUCAAUGGGAGAAUUUACGGUGAAGUACACGAUGACAUGGGUCAGAAGACAGAUAUGACUAAGAAAAAGGCUGUGGAUUUCUCAGUCAACCCUCAAGCCGAUAGAACGUUUCAAUUCUUUGACCACCAUCUGCUGGAAUCCAUUAAUCUGGGUGAUCCCAAAGUGCAUGAAUUCCUUAGGUUACUUGCUCUCUGCCACACCGUAAUGUCAGAGGAAAAUAGUGCAGGACAACUGAUUUACCAAGUUCAAUCACCUGAUGAAGGUGCUCUAGUGACUGCUGCAAAAAAUUUGGGGUUCAUUUUUAAGUCUCGGACUCCAGAGACAAUCACAAUAGAAGAAUUGGGAACACUAGUUACUUACCAAUUGCUUGCCUUCUUGGAUUUCAACAAUUUCAGAAAAAGGAUGUCUGUCAUAGUUCGAAACCCAGAAGGACAGAUAAAGCUUUAUUCCAAAGGAGCAGACACUAUUCUGUUUGAAAAACUUCAUCCAUCCAACAAAGACCUUCUGACUUUGACGUCAGACCAUCUCAGUGAAUUUGCAGGAGAAGGCCUCCGAACCUUGGCCAUCGCGUACAGAGACCUGGAUGACAAGUGCUUUAAAGACUGGCAUAAGAUGCUUGAAGAUGCAAAUUCUGCUACAGAUGAGAGGGACGAACGGAUAGCAGGGCUGUAUGAAGAAAUUGAAAGGGAUUUGAUGCUACUAGGUGCCACUGCUGUAGAAGAUAAGUUACAAGAGGGUGUUAUUGAAACGGUUACAAGUUUAUCACUAGCCAAUAUUAAGAUCUGGGUCCUAACAGGAGACAAACAAGAAACUGCCAUCAAUAUUGGCUAUGCCUGCAACAUGCUGACGGAUGACAUGAAUGAGGUGUUCAUUAUAGCAGGGAGCACGGCGGCGGAGGUCAGAGAAGAACUCAGGAAAGCAAAGGAAAAUUUGUUUGGACAAAACAGAAGUUUUUCCAAUGGCCAUGUAGUUUUUGAAAAAAAGCAGCCACUGGAGCUGGACUCAGUUGUAGAAGAAACUGUGACGGGAGAUUAUGCCUUAAUCAUAAAUGGCCACAGUUUGGCCCAUGCUCUAGAAAGUGACAACGAGAAGGAUCUUCUAGAACUUGCCUGCAUGUGUAAGACUGUGGUUUGCUGCCGAGUCACCCCACUCCAGAAAGCCCAAGUUGUAGAGCUGGUGAAGAAACACAGAAAUGCUGUCACUUUGGCCAUAGGUGAUGGAGCCAAUGAUGUCAGCAUGAUCAAAAGUGCUCACAUUGGCAUUGGCAUCAGCGGCCAGGAAGGGCUGCAGGCAGUCCUGGCCAGCGACUACUCAUUUGCCCAGUUCAGAUACCUCCAAAGGCUUCUCCUCGUUCAUGGAAGGUGGUCCUAUUUCCGAAUGUGCAAAUUCUUAUGCUAUUUCUUCUAUAAGAAUUUUGCAUUCACACUUGUGCACUUCUGGUUUGGUUUCUUCUGUGGUUUCUCAGCCCAGACUGUCUAUGACCAGUGGUUCAUCACCCUUUUUAACAUUGUCUACACAUCACUGCCUGUUUUAGCCAUGGGGAUUUUUGACCAGGAUGUUAGUGACCAGAACAGCAUGGAUUGUCCCCAGCUCUACAGACCUGGACAGCUGAAUCUACUUUUUAACAAGCAUAAAUUUUUCAUCUGUGUGGCACAUGGGAUCUACACCUCAUUAGCCCUUUUCUUUAUCCCCUAUGGGGCCUUUUACAACGUGGCUGGAGAAGACGGACAGCACAUCGCAGACUACCAGUCUUUUGCAGUUACCAUGGCCACAUCUUUGGUCAUUGUGGUCAGUGUGCAGAUAGCCUUGGAUACCAGUUACUGGACUGUCAUUAAUCAUGUUUUCAUCUGGGGCAGCAUAGCAACUUAUUUCCUCAUUUUAUUUACAACGCACAGUAAUGGCAUCUUUGGCAUCUUCCCAAACCAGUUUCCAUUUGUUGGAAACGCACGACAUUCCUUGACCCAGAAGUGCAUCUGGCUUGUUAUUCUCUUAACAACAGUGGCUUCAUUUAUGCCUGUGGUGGCAUACAGGUUUUUGAAGGUGGAUUUAUUCCCAACUCUGAGUGAUCAGAUCCGCCAGUGGCAGAAGGCUCAAAAGAAGGCCAGGCCCCGGCAUAGCCGAAAGCCUCAGACUCGGAGAUCAAGCUCGAGAAGAUCUGGAUAUGCUUUCGCUCACCAAGAGGGCUAUGGAGAGCUUAUCACAUCUGGAAAAAAUAUGCGAGCUAAUAAUCCACCCCCCACAUCAGGGUUGGAAAAGACACCGGCUAACAGCACUAGCUGGAUUGAAAAUUUAUAUAAGAAAACCACAGACACAGUGAUCAGCUUUAGCCAGGAUAAAACAGUGAAGCUGUGAGUCAAGAUGAAUUUGAACCACACAGUUAUCUUUUCACUUCAGCUGGAGCUGAAAUUUAGCUGCCUCCCAAGUGUGGGAUUAGGGGCGAAGGGUGGGGCAUGUGGCCUGACUUCACCUAAAUCUGUCAGACAGUGGCAAGUGCCCAUCCAGUAGAGGUGUACUCUGCUGAAAAUCAGGCCAGAGGUCACUGUCUGAUGCGUGAGUUGGUGGACAGAACCCUCACAAUACCAGCACAGGUUUUUAUCAACCUGAAUACCAACUGGUCUGAUCUUUAGAAUCUUAUUUAUGGAGGAAAACUUGUAAAUCUGCAUCUACAGAGAAUGGAUCUUCAGGUGGGUAAAAGCAUGCGUUCAAAAGAUAUAUAUCCCAGCUGAAAAGCAUCCUUGUGACAGAUGAACACAUAUACGUAAGAUCAGUCAUUCCCAAGGGACACUUUAAGAUUUAAAAUGUGGACCAAGGUGCUUUCAGACUUACAGCAGCUUGUCACUCUCCAGUCUUGACCUCUCCCUGUGUGCUUAGCCAGGACAGCAAAUCACCUUCAUGCCUGAAGAACAGAAAAGCAGGUUAAUGUUCCUCAUUUCUCCACUCCUCUAGCGACAAAGUAGACUGAGCAUCUUUACAGUGGGAUAGGCUGAAUAUUUGGUUAAAUUUAUUAAAAAAAUUCUCAGGGACAUGUUCAUGUAAUGUCAAAGUAUUCUAAAUACUUUUCAAUGACUUUGAUCACAACCUCAGCAGUUAUUUGCUCUGUGUCAUCCAGGACUAUUAAUGGAAUCAGCAAAGCACUGGAAUUUCACAGUUUGAUGAUAAUAUUCCAUGUAGUAUAUGUGCAAAUACCUUCACCAUUUCCAAUUUUUAAAAGUUUAGAUUUGAAACCAAACCAAUUAAUAAUCUCUUUAAUUACUAUUUAAAUAUGCAGGUUUGGGUCAUUCAGAGUUAGUUGCUUUUGAUAUUUAGCUGUCAUAUUUAUAAUUCAAACAUAUAAGACUGAAUUUUUUUUAAAUUGAAGACAGUCAGUUACAAUGUGUCAGUCUCUAGUGUACAGCACAAUGUCCCAGUCAUGCAUAUACAUGCAUAUAUUCAUUUUCAUAUAAGGUUGAAAUAUUUACAAUUCAAAUGUAUGAGGUUGAUUUUGGGAGAUAUUUCAGUCCAAAUUUCAGUCCACAUGUGACUCACCAGUAUAGUUUCUGUAAAAGAAUUCAGGCAGAUUUGUGCUCAGACUCCAGCUCUGGCAUGUCUUACCUCUGUCACCUUGGGCAGGUAAUGUGCCUCCUCUGAGACUCAGUUUCUUCCUCUGUAAGAUGAGGAUAUACUAUCUACCUCAUGUGGUUAUUUGAGGAUUGUCAAAGCACAAAUUCUCAAAUCAUUAAAAAUGUAAUGCUCAUGUGAAUAGAUGAUGAGUUAAGCUCCAUUUAACUGAUCAUCAGAGUAACAGAGCAAUUUGAAAAUAAAAAAUGUGAAGAACUAGAAUUUAAGUCAUCAUUAAGUCAUCAGUGGGACAGGCCUUGAUGAAAUGAGAUUGCAAAGUAAGAUAUAAAACUGGUUAGUUUCCUAAAGGGAAAUAAAACUAUACAGUGGAAUACUACUCAGCCAUAAAAACCGACAACAUAAUUCCAUUUGCAGCAACAUGGAUGCUCCUGGAGAAUGUCAUUCUAAGUGAAGUAAGCCGGAAAGAGAAAGAAAAAUACCAUAUGAGAUCGCUCAUAUGUGGAAUCUAAAAAACAAAAACACAAACAAACAAACAAACAAAAACAAAGCAUAAAUACAGGACAGAAAUAGACUCACAGACUGUAUACAGACUUGUGGUUGUCAGGGGGAGGGAGAGUGGGAAGGGAUAGACUGGGAUUUCAAAAUUGUAGAAUAGACUACACUGUAUAGCACAGGGAAAUAUACACAAAAUGUUAUGAUAACUCAGAAAAAAAUGUGACAAUGAGUGUGUAUAUGUCCAUGAAUGACUGGAAAAUUGUGCUGAACACUGGAAUUUGACACAACAUUGUAAAAUGAUUAUAAAUCAAUAAAAAAAUGUUAAAAAAAAAAAGAAACAUUAGGACCAAAAAAUAAAUAAAUAAAUAAAUAAAAAUAAAAAAACAAAACUAUAACCUUGGAGGUAAAUUUCUCUAUCAGAAAGCCAAAAUAUAUCACCAUCAUGCCUUAUAAAUUUUCUACAGAUCAGCCUCCAACUUUAAAGAGUCUUUAAUCUGGCCCUUACUGAAUUACUAGUCAAGGUUUUAUUUCUCAGGAAAGUCAGAUGGCAUUUGGGUGGGCUUAAUGGAUCACACUUUUUUUUUUUUGCCUUAAUUUCUAAGUCUGGGGUAACUUUUCCUGAAUGGGAUCAAGUAAGAUAUAUGUAAAAGAGCCUACUCCAGUGCUUUAGUCAUAGUUAAUGCUCACAGAUCUUCCCUUUCCUUCUACACACCUGCAUAGACUUAUCCAGAUGUUAGUUUUUAAUGUCUAAUUUAUCAAAGUUUCACUGUGUUUGCUUGCUUUUUGUAACAUUUUUGAAAGAUUUGAAAACUUUCAGUAAAUACUUUGGCACUAUUGGUGUUUGGUGUUUUGUCUAUUCUUUAUUGGGAACUCACUGGGGAGAGUUUUUGUUACAUUGAUCAACUGAUUUUUUUCCUUUCCUUUCCAUGCCUAGGGAAGAUGUACAUCAUUCUUAGGAUCAGAGACAAGAAUGAAAUGAACCAGUUCGACCUAUGUUUAAGGAAUGGUCCACGUUUUUGCAAAUUCAGUUCAAAUUAAAUAAGGCUGUUUAUAAACAGAUAAUGUGGAUAGUUGUGAGAAAAGCACGUUAUCAGUUUGCUUUGGCGCCACGAGAUCCAAAUAAACACACACCCAUUGCAAGAUCA